AUGGGCACAGCGAUCGGAUUAGGUCUGCUCAACCCACCCCCUCCGUCGGACAAAACAGUGCGGGUCCGCAUGAUAGACACGAAAUCUUUCAUGUCAUUGCAUGCUUUUUCCUUUGUAAAGCCGGUAAUGCCUGGACACGAACGAAUGAGCGUCACAACCGUGGCCUUUUUGAUCGAAAACGAGCGACUAGGAAAGAAAGCAAUGUUUGAUCUUGGAACACGAAAGGACUAUUGGAACUCCCCACCAUUCACACUCACGAGAAUCGAGGCCGCGAUCCCGGGCGUAAAGAUCGAGAAGGACGUCACAGAAAUUUUGCAGGAACAAGGCACGAGGCUGGACGAGAUCGGUAUGGAACUGGAAUCACACCUGGAACCCAUCUCGAUCAGGAAUUUAACUCUCGCAGAUGAUAUUAUCUGGUCUCACAGCCAUUGGGACCAUAUGGGCAGCCCGCAUCUAUUCCCACCGUCGACGAGACUGUCCUAUGGAAAAGGAACGGGACCUUUCCCCGCAUAUCCUGAGAACCCAAACUCCAAUCUUAACGCCGACGAUUUCAAGGACAGGGAAUGUGUUGAGAUUGACUGCACAGACUUAAACAUCGGACCGUUUCCUGCUACCGACUUCUAUGGAGAUGGCUCCCUAUAUCUGCUAGACACCCCCGGACAUUGGCUAGGACAUAUAUGUGCUUUGGCUCGAACUACACCAGACACUUUUGUCUUCCUCGGUGGAGACAUUUGCCAUUUCGCAGGUGAUUUCAGACCUAGUGAGGAAAUCCCAUUACCGAACUCCAUUCCCGCGGAUUCUCUUCUCAGCAGUCAAAAAUACCCGAUGCCAUGUCCAUGCGAGUUCUUCUCCGCUCAUCACCCUCAGCUUCGAGAAAUUGGGCCCUCAGUUGAUACAAAAUCCACGCCAUUUUACCAACUCUCGACACAUGCGCAUUCAACCUACAAAGACCCGGCCACUGCUGUGAUUUCGACCUACGGAAUGCAAAAGUAUUUCGACGCUGAUCCCAAUGUCAUGGUCUUUCUAGCGCACGACACAUCAUUACUUGAUCAUUUGCCGACUUUCAAUGAGAACCCCGAUGAUGAUCUCAACGAUUGGAAAAGGCUGGGAUAUAAACAGAAGUGCCACUGGGGUUGGAUGGGUGAACUUCCACGGUAUGAUAAAGAUGGAAAUGUGGCUGGGCCAGGAAAUCGGGAAAAACCUAUUGUUGAUGGUCUUUGGGUGGAUGGCGCUCUGGUGGAAGGGUUCAAGAAGUAG